GAGCUUUCCAAGAGACUGCCCGACAUCUUGACUAGUGUCUUUAAUAUGUGUCAUGUUCAGACAGAAUAGGUUGUUUGCUCGAAAAGUCUACGUGCAGACUGCACCCUUUCACGCCUGAUUCGAUCUAAACAAAGCGCUAGCAAGCCCCAUCACUUUCCAUCGCGGGAUGAUUUGAAGUGGGAGUCUUAAAAAAUAUUUCUAUCGUUUUAGUCAUCGAUAGGUUGGCAGCUCUCUGAUGUUUGCGGUCGAAAAAAGGACAUUCUAGCGGCUUGGCUGGGCUCUGCACCCAACACAUAUCUCACGGCCCUUUUGGGGCAGCUAGUAUGGAUUCUCUCAAUGGGACAGAUCCAUACGGCAAUUCCGAUUAUUCGUCAGCCAGCAAAACCAUGCACAAGAUUUCACAGAGAUACCGCUACUUCCUGGACAAGACUACACCCCACUCUGCAGGCAGAUGGCUCGCCCUCCUGGGCUUGCUGAUUAUCUAUGCCGUCCGAGUAUACUUGCUGAAGGGCUUCUACAUCGUGACAUACGCGCUGGGGAUCUUCAACCUGAAUAUGUUGCUGGGAUUUUUGACUCCCCAAGUGGACCCAGAGCUGGAGGGUCCCACGCUGCCCUCCAAGAAGGAGGACGAGUUCCGGCCCUUCGUGCGCCGCCUGCCCGAAUUCAAAUUCUGGUAUUCGUCAUUCAAGGCGCUGCUGCUGGGCUUUGUGGUGACCUUCUUCCCGGUGUUUGAUGUGCCAGUGUUCUGGCCCAUCCUGCUCAUGUACUGGCUGGUGCUCCUAUUCGUCACCAUGAAGCGCCAGAUCAAGCACAUGAUCAAGUACCGCUACAUCCCCUUCUCCUUUGGCAAGAAGAGCUAUAGCAAGGGAGGCGGGAGGUCGGCUAAGAAUGACAAGUGAGCUGGAAGCUGGUGUUAGAGUUGCAAUUAAGCGCCUGAGUGACGACACGACGGUUGAAGCAGCAGGAGUCAAAAUUUACCCUCUACUGGACCUCUUUGCAGUACCGCAGUACAACUGUGAGGGUGCUUCUCAAGCAGAGCGCUCCCACGGUCUCUUCCUAGGAUAGCCCUGGGAGCACUGCUCCUUGCAGGCGCAUGGGAAUUGGUAUUGGUAUUCAGCAACGGAUUUGGCCUAACCCCUUGCGCGCUUUGCAUUUAGAGCCCCUGGGGUCUACAGUGCUGCUUUAGGCAAUAGCAAUCAUCAAUGAUUGAUACUGCCUGCUGCCGGCAAGGUUGCUGAGUACAUGACAGUGUGCGUGUGACCAUGCUGUGUAAAACCAGUACCUGGUAAAAUGAAACUAUUCUUUACACAGUCUGGCAUGUCCUAGGCCUAAAGUCCGGCCCUCAAAUAUCUGAUUUACUACCGUCACGGUAAAGUAUACGGUACAGUAUACGGUUUAGUAUGCUAGCAAGUGUAAAUCAUGAUUCAUG